CUUGAGUUUUGAUACCUGUUAAUGGAGAUUCCAAGAUUUUGUUGCAUUUCUUGGCUUAUCUUCGUGAGCUUUUGCGUUGUUUGCUUGAACUGUCGAAAUGCAACAGCUGAAAAGGCUGAUGUAGGUGUGAUUCUUGAUCUUGACACUACUCUUUGAAAGAUAUGCAGGACUUGCAUCUCUAUGGCAAUCGAAGAUUUCUACUCUAACCGUGACCACACAACCAUGAUCGUGCCUCAUUUCAGGAACUCCGGCACUGAUGCUGUUGGUGCAGCUUCUGCUGCCAUAGAACUACUCAAGAAUACUCAAGUAAUGGCAAUACUCGGGCCUCAGAGAUCCGUUCAAGCAGAUUUUGUGAUAGACAUAGGUGACAAAGUGAAAGUUCCGGUGAUAUCUCCAUCAAUUAGCCCAACCCUGUCAUCCAAAGAAUUGCAAUACUUCAUUAGGUCGGCAUGGUGUUCGUCUUCCCAGGCAAAAGCAAUUGCAGCAGUUGUGAAGGCCUUUGGUUGGAAGGAAGUGACAUUAGUUUAUGAAGACAGCAAUUAUGGGAGUGGAUUAGUACCAGUUUUGGCUGAAGAAAUGCUAAACAGCAAUGUUUUACUGUCAAAACUAAGUGCUGUAUCUCCUUCUGCUAAACAUCACCAGCUUUUUCAACAACUGCAGCAGUUGAAGACCCUGCAAACGAGGGUGUUUGUCGUGGUCAUGCUACCAAAUCUCGCCUCCCGCUUCUUCCAAAUGGCGGAAGAAGCAGGGAUGAUGGCCGAGGGGUAUGCUUGGAUUAUCUCCGACGUGCUAACCAGUCUCUUGGAUUCUGUUGAUUCAGAAACCAUUGAGGCAAUGCAAGGCGUAUUAGGCGUGAGGCCUUACAUUCCACGAUCACAUGAGCUUAGCCGCUUCACUAAGAGAUGGAGAAGGAGGUUUCACGAGGAGAAUCCGGAGAUGGACAGAACAGAACUUAAUGUUUUUGGGCUGUGGGCUUAUGACAGCACCACAGCGAUAGCUGAUUCAGUCGAGCGCGUUGGUGUGGCAUCACCAAGGUUCAAGAAACCUGGGCAAAGGUGGAAUUUGACAGAUUUGGAAGCAAUAGGGACUUCAAAUAGUGAUCCAUCUUUAGUUCAUUUGAUCAGAAACUAUAAGUCCAAAGGGCUGAGUGGUGAUUUCCAUAUCAAUAACGGGCAGCUGCAAGCAUCUGCCAUUGAGAUAGUGAAUGUCGUUGGUGCAGGAGCGAACAGAGUCGGAUUCUGGACAGAAAGAUACGGCAUUUCUCAGAAGCUGCAGGUAGAUGACCCGAUGGCAGUUUACUCUACUAAAAAGGAUGAUCUUGGGGGCGUGGUAUGGCCGGGACGAGGAGUUAUCAUGCCCAUAGGAUGGGAGGUUUCAACAAACGGGAAUAAGCUGAAGGUUGGAGUUGCUAAUAGGAGCGGAUUCCCUGAGUUCACCAGAGUUGAGAGGAACUCAAAAACAAAUGCUGUUGAAGCAACUGGCUUUUGCGUUGAUGUUUUCAAACAAGUGAUGGAAUCACUACCAUAUGAUGUGCCAUAUGAGUUUUUCCUCAAUGAAUAUACUGAUCACCAGAAAGGUGGAGAUUAUAGUGAUAUUUCAAACAUAAAUAAUCAUUCGGAUCCCAGUUAUGAGAAAUAUGAUAUAGUGGUUGGAGAUUUCACCAUCACAGCAAACAGAUCGGAGCUACUCGAUUUCACCAUCCCCUACACAGAAUCUGGUGUUGCUGUCAUCGUCCCAAUCAAGGCCAACGACAGCAAGAACGCUUGGAUUUUCAUGAAACCUCUCACGACAGGGCUCUGGCUAACAGCCGGUGCAUUCUUUUUCUUCACCGGAUUCGUAGUCUGGGCUCUUGAGCAUCGCGUAAACGAGGAAUUCCAAGGUCCACCUCUGCACCAAGUUGGAACUGCCUUCUGGUUCUCCUUCUCAACUAUUGUUUUUGCACACAGGGAGAGAUUAGUUAGCAAUUUAACAAGAUUUGUGGUGAUCAUAUGGAUGUUUGUGAUGCUGGUUCUGAACUCGAGUUACACAGCAAGCUUGGCAUCAAUGCUAACUGUGCAGCAGCUUCAGCCUGCCAUCACCGACAUCCACGAUCUGAUCAAGGAGGGUGAGUACGUCGGGUACCAGAAUGGCUCCUUCGUCACCGGACUCUUGAGAAACAUGAACUUCGACACCUCCAAGUUCAGAAGCUACCAAACGCUGGAAGAAUACGACGUCGCCCUCUCCAAAGGUAGCAGGAAUGGAGGAGUGGCUGCUGUUGUUGAUGAGCUCCCUUACAUUAGGAUGUUUCUUUCCAAAUAUUGCAGGAAGUAUACUAUGAUUGGCCCAAUAUACCAAACUUCUGGUUUCGGAUUUGCAUUUCAGAAGGGAUCGCCACUAGUUGAUGAUGUUUCAAAGGCGAUCCUGAGGCUGAAAGAGAAUGAGGAGAUGGAAAGGAUUUCAAGAAAAUGGUUUAAAGAAGGAGGGUGCAGAGGCAGUGAUGGAGCAACAUCAACAGUGAACACCCAAAGCCUCAGCGCAGAUAGUUUCAAAGGACUCUUUCUGGUUGCUGGUCUGUCAUCAUCCUUGGCUCUAGCUAUAUUUGUGUCGAAAUUCGCGUACGAGAAUCGGUGUAUAUUGAACUCUGCUGCUUCUACCAAGCUCAAGAUUCAUGAUCUAGCUAGAGCUUUUUAUCAGAAGAAAGAUAGCAUAUCAGAGGAGUCUCUUGAAGGAAGAGUUUCAACACCCAGUCCAGAACCAAUGACUCCCAUCCUUUAGAUAAAUAUGCAGCUUGGACUCUUGGUAGGGUUGGAGUUAUAACAGACGUAGAGGGUAAAAUAUCACAUUGUUUUUGUGUACAUGUAUAAAUCAUCAAUUUGAAGAAUGGGGAUCAUGUUAUGUUUAAGUGAUAUUAA